GCAUAUCGCUCAGCACGCUCCGGAGAGACUCGUUUGUCGCUUGAGCACAUUCUGAAAUUGUUGGGCGUACAAGGCGAGGAAGAUGUUGGCCACGUAACAUCAAUUGGGAACGAAAAGCCCGAAGUUUGCGAAGAAUACUGGACCGGUGGCAGGCCUGUUCCAGGAGGAGAUAUCGCAGACAACGUGUUUAAGACGAAACCUUGUGACCGGAUCCCUCUGGAGAAUUUGGUAGAAAUACUGCUUUAUGCGGAAUCUUGCGAUGCAGGUUUAUACUUGGUUGAACGAAUUAAAAAUGUCUAUCCAAAAGUCAACAUAAAUCUUGCGGUGGGAAAUUUUGGUCAUCCGCUACAUUCAUGUAAGAAAGUACCAUCCGUUAUCAUACAACGAGUACCAAAGGAGGAUGGCUCCGCUUGGCUUCAGCUCAACCGGUUUGUUCGUACAAAGUAUGUGCUGGUCGGGCGUAAUAUGGUGGAUUUCACCUACCACACGGACAUCGACCGCAUGAUCCGCGUAAUGAAUGACCUGAAGGUGGAUGCUGUUGGAGGGGCCGUCCGUCUGGAACCUGAAGGUCGAUGGUACGCUGGAUGUUAUCAG